UGGCUGUGGAAUCAAAACGCCCUUCUUGACCACCUGGUAAACGUUGGUCUGCACAUGGGCGUGACGGUGCUGUACGCCCACACUCUGCUCACCGCCCUCCGCCUCUCCCACGCCCAAGCUCUCGUCAGUGGCCUUGCUUUUGCGACACAUCCCGUCCACACUGAAGCCGUAACAGGCAUAGUGGGUCGGGCGGAUCUGCUGGCUGCACUUACCUUCCUCUCCUCAUUCUUGUCUUAUCACAGGUCAAUCCAGCCCGAGACGAAGAAUCGAGAGGGCCUCUGGCUGUGGUGGGCGGGGAUAUGGGCGUGCGUGGGCGUCCUGUGCAAAGAACACGCCCUCAUGGUCCUCGGUGUGUGCAUAGCGUGGGACCUCGUGUGCACCAGCCCCAGCAUUAAGCAGCGCUUGUGGGACCGCGCCGGGCUUAACACGGUGAUGCCGCUGUCCCGUAGGAUCGCCAGGAUGCUGUUGUUGGGCCUCGGGGUCGUGUUCCUGAGGCUCCUCCUCAUGAGAACGAGCCCCGUCUUCUCGGAUCAGGACAAUCCUCCUUCGUUUGCCAGGAGCCGCUUCACGAGAUUCCUGACUUCUCCUACCUGCCAGCCACAACACCUGGCUCCUGCUGUGUCCUUCGAGCCUCUCCUAUGACUGGCAGAUAGGAGCCGUCCCUUUGGUUUCCUCCGUCUGUGACUUGAGGAACCUCUGCUCCUUCCUCCUGUAUGCGGGGCUGGUGCUCGUGGCGAAGGCGUCCUUCAGG